GGCCUGCCAAGGACGCAGAGCUGUGCAGGCUUGUGUUUGUUGCUUCUUCCCAUCCUCCAGCCACAACGCGGAUCAAACAUUUUACAGACAUCUGCUUGCUGAAAUGCCGCAAACAAAGCCACAGAUCGUCGUGUUGGGCAUGCCCGCUUCGUCAGUGACAAUAGACGCAAGCUGCCGCGGGCAUGCCAAUGGCAGAGCUCUUAAUGCGGUUGCCCCUCAUCACUUCAGACGUCCAUCAUCUCUAGCAUGGUACCCCAAGAGAAUGUCACUUCGAGCUCAUCUUGGCUGAGCCGAAGACCACUUUCUGCCAUUGUUCGUCCACCAAAGCGUGCUGUUUAUAAACCUCGAGUGACGCUCGAGAGAAGCUUCAUCGUUUGACGCCCACGCGUUCCUUGCUUACUCACCCCUGCUACAUUCGAAGGAAAUAUUCCAGCGUCAUGAGACUCCUUCACCAUCUGACCAUUCUCUGCAGCUGCAUCUUGGUUCAUGGAAUUCUCGCAUUUCCUUUACGGAGCGAUUCUGCCUCGGAACCUGAAGUCUUUUACCGAAGGGAUCCUUCCGUCUUUUACAAUGAAUCGAAUUUUCCCGCUCCAGACAAAACCGUAACGAUCACGAUCACCAGAGAUCACUACGCCCCAGACGGUUAUGACCGACUGCACUAUCUCGUCAACGGUCAAUACCCCGGCGAACUUUUGGUCUGGGAUGAGGAUGACUGGGUAGAAGUGAUUGUGAACAACAACAGCUCCACGCCAUUCACCAUCCAUCAUCAUGGGGUCCUGAUGCAUGGCACUCCGCAAAUGGACGGAGUGCCAGGACUGAACCAAUGGAAUAUUCCCUUUGGGGGAAGCUUCACCUACCGCUUCCAUCUUCAAGGCCAUUACGGUGCUUACUGGGCACAUGCUCAUACUGUUGGCUAUUACAGUGACGGGCUCCGCUGGCCCUUCUACGUUCGCCCAAAGGCCUCUCGUGCAAAACCUUGGAAUCUGAUCUCCAAUGACAAGGACACGAUCGAGCAGCUCGAGUGGGCUGAAGGCAACUUUACAAUACAGUUUCGGACAGACCAGCUGCAUGUCACAGCCGAUGAAAUGCUUAUUGCUGUUCACACGACUGAUAUUCCCCCCGUCUGCUACGACUCCUUCCUCAUCAACGGUCGUGGGCGUCAGUACUGCCACUCAAACUGGUCGUCCGUCGCUCACGCAGCUGAGCUUGGCCUGCUCGCGUCAACGAGGAACAUCAACAGCGGCUUUUCGUCAAAAGGAUGCAUAUCACCGAAUCCUGCUAAAGAAGGGUUCGACGCGAUCAAAGUAUUUGAGGAAUACUACGGCGGGCCGUGCCAGAAUACGUCGGCUCCUAUUACCGUGUACAAUGCUGGCGCUUCUCUGGCGGCCGGAAGGCGAUGGCUGAACAUCCAAGCCAUCGAAGCCACUUCGUCGUACGAGGAUGCGCUUUCCAUCGACAAUCACAAAAUGUGGAUCGUCGCAGUGGAUGGCAACUAUGUUGAGCCGACGCUUGUGGACGUUGCAGAACUCACCAUCGGCUCGCGGUUGAGCAUCAUGGUCGAGCUGGACGAGUCGAAGGCGUACCGCGACUGGCCCAUCCGCUUCACGGGGUUGCGCCCACUGCAGCCGAUCGAAGGAUUCGCGCUGCUGACGUACAAUCAGACCGGCGACUACACAGCGGAAGAGGUAAACCUGAGCAUCGAUGCGGCUUUCGAGCACCUCUACACGCGCAACAAUGCUUCCAUCUCGCUUGGCGGCUUGGUCAAGAGCGCUACGAUCUGGAACCAGAGCAUUGACGUCCCUUUCAACCCGGCCGCGCACGUCCCCACUGCAUCGAACGUGACGCUGCACGCCUUCGUGUCGCAGAGCCAGGUCAAUGUGUGGCAGGUCGGCGAGCAGCCGAUGAACACCGUCAAGGCGGACCAGCAGGAUCCUGUGCUGUUCCAGCUAACGGAGGAAGGCAAGACGGUCGCGGAGAUCGAUUCGAAUAUGAUACAGCUAAGUCAAGCGAUUGCAGACUCCUCCAUUGUCGACAUCGUCGUUCAGAAUCCGGUAUACAACUACUUUGGGGGUCAAAGCGCGCUACAUCCUUUCCAUCUGCACAGCCACAAAUUCUGGGUCAUUGGAAGCGGUGACGGUUCCUUUGGAUUUGACACGGUAGAGGAAGCGCAGAAGGCGGGCGUUCCUUUUAAUCUUGAGAACCCUCCGCUUAGGGACGGCUACGAUGUACGCGCGAAUGGAUGGGUCGUUAUCCGUUUCGUUGCUGAUGCACACGGAGUCAGCAUGUUCCACUGCCACAUCGAUGACCACCUCGUGCAAGGCAUGGCAACAGUGUUGCUCGAGGGCCUCGAGCAAGUGCCUAAAGGCACUUUCUCCAGCAACCUGACAACCCGGCCGGACCAGCUGCGCUCGACCGCCAAUGACACAGUGCAGCAAGGGCUGCAGGAGGACUGGGACAAUGGCGUUGCAGCGGGCGCGUGGCCUUCGGCCGUGCGCAACGCGUCCGACCCGUGGGGGGAUCCCCGACAGCUGGGCGCCUCACUUCAGUCUGUCGCAAGCGCCUACAGCGCCUCGACCGCGGCGGCGGCGGCGGCGAGUUCGACUGCCGCAGCUCAGCGUCGCUAGCGGCUACGUAGAAGACGGCACGGAUCGUUCUCGAGCGCGCGCGGUGCGUCUUAUCAAC